CAUUUCUAAAUUUUCCAACUCAUCUCUUCUUCUCUCAUUACCAAAAACGGUAAUCUCAGAACAAAAUCUAGGGUUUUCCAUUCCCGGGCGUCUUCUUCCUCUGAAAUUUCGUCUUUUCGCUUCAAUGGAGGAGGUGGAUUGCAAUUUACCAGUCACGAAGACCACUUCGGAACCCUCAGAUGCUUGUACCACAGAUGACGCCAUUCGAGCUUUACUCGUUUACUUAGUCGACCCUUUGCUUCCAUUCAAAUCAUUUGAUGUCCCUUCCAAGCCCCUCCGCGAAUCUGUCGCCAAGCAGGUUCAUGCUGUUGUGUUGCUCUUCAAUUAUUACCACAGGAGAGACAACCCUCAUCUUGAAUGUUUGUCUUUUGAGUCGUUCAGUAGCUUAGCUACGGAUCUGAGACCUGCUCUGCUGCUGCAUUUGAAGGAGGAUUCUUCUGGGAGAGAUGGUGAUUCAGACCAUACCGUUUUGCUGGAGAAGGUUGUUAAAGAUGCGUGUAGUUUAUCCAUGAGCUUAGAUGCGUCUUCAGAUCUUCUUGUCUUGAACAAGUUCCCUAUAAGGACAGUUGCGGUUCUGCUAGUUGACUCUGAGAAGAAGAACUGUUAUCUUAAACACAGCUUCAUCACACAAGGUGUGUGGUCACUACUUGAAAACCCCAUUGAGAAAGACAAAACUGCUAUAGCAAAUCAGAAACAAGAGGUCGUCUUUCAAAAAGUUGCAUUUGCUGCUGUUAAGGAGGCCACAGGUGUUAAUCACAAGGACAUUGUGAUAUUGGAGAGGCAUUUGGUAUGCUCCUUGAGUGAAGAGAAGACUGCAAUCCGCUUUUACAUAAUGAAGUGCACUUCACAAGACAAGUUUUCUGGAGAAAAUCCCGUCGAAGAAAUGCUUACUUGUAUGCAGGGUCCUUUAUUUGAGAAGAGCUUCUCCGAGUGGUCUACAAAUUCCAGAGUGGAAUACUUUCAUGUUCUCCCAUAUGCCAGCCUCAUACAAGAUUGGUUUUCCAGGCGAGGAGAUACUGAAUCUUUGAUAGAGAAAGAAUCAGAAGCUGUAUGUGAUGACAGAGAAAGCAAUGGCAACGAAGAUGCAACCAAUGAGUUGGAACUUUCUGACAUUUUUGGAAGAGGAGGAAAUGCUGCUUCUAGAAGGCGUAAUGAAAUUAAAGCCAAAAAAGUUGCCGCUCUACUUAGCAAUCCUAGAGCUAGAAGGAAAGCUACUCCGGGGAUACAUAAUCGAUACUUUAAAGGAAGUAUGAAAUCUAAUGUCCAUUUGGAGAAUGUAGAUAAUGAAACGAGCCCUUGUAAAGAUGGGUACUCGAAUGGAGGGAAAGGUGGUUUGGAGGUUGCAUCUGAUCCAAAUGAUCACAAAGAAAGAGGUAUCCAGAGGAAGAAAGCUGUUACUGACAGACUUAAUAGCAUUUUUAAGCUUAAUGUAGCUCCUGUUUCUGCUCAUAACUCUAACCAAAACCUUGAGGAGCUACAGACGUCUCUUCUUUCUAGAGCUACAUCACUAUCCGAAACUGCAUUGAAAGUUCUUCUUUGCAAACGAGAUAAACUGACUCGUCAACAGCGGUACGUAGAAGACGAGAUUGCUAAAUGCGAUAAACGCAUCCAGAACAUCAAAGGUGAUUGGGAGCUGCAAUUAGAAACAAUACUCGAGUGCUGUAACGAGACAUACCCAAGCCGCACCCUUCAAGAAUCUUCUGAUAAGUCAGCAUGCCAAAGCAACAAGAGGCUGAAGCUCUGUGAAUCUCUUCCUACUACUAAAAGUCUGUGUCAGAGACUCGAUGAUAUCUGUCUCAUGAAUAACUGGGUACUACCAAACUAUCGUGUGUCUCCAUCAGAUGGUGGCUAUGAAGCUGAAGUAAGAAUUAAGGGGAAUCAUGUCGCAUAUACAGUACAUGGAGAGGAAAAGUCUGAUGCUGAAGAAGCUAGGGAAUCUGCGGCAGCUUGCUUGCUAACUAAGUUACAAAACACAACAGCCAACUUGUCGUGACUGAGUGAGAUCCAAGAGCAACUCAGAACCCAAACUAACUUCCAUCAUGAGUAGAAAAGUCUGUAGAAAACAGUUGCAAGAUGCCAAGAUUGACCCCAUUCUACUGUUCAUACUUCUAGAUAUAUUUCAAGAUACAAAAGGUAUUAACUGAUGCAAUAACUUGCGUAGACCGAGCACCAAAGCCAGAGUUACUUUAUAAAUUUUCAUCAGUUCAACUUUGUAAUCAGAAUUCCUUUUCACUAUCAAACAAUCCAAGAAACU